UCUACUGAAAUCGUAAGCAAUGGCUCGUACCAAGCAGACCGCGCGUAAAUCCACCGGAGGAAAGGCUCCUCGCAAACAGUUGGCCACUAAAGCUGCUCGUAAAAGUGCUCCAGCUACCGGAGGAGUCAAGAAGCCACAUCGUUAUCGACCAGGAACCGUCGCUUUGCGUGAAAUUCGUCGUUAUCAAAAGUCGACUGAAUUACUGAUUCGUAAGCUUCCAUUCCAACGUUUGGUUCGUGAGAUCGCUCAGGAUUUUAAGACCGAUCUUCGCUUCCAGAGCUCGGCUGUUAUGGCUCUGCAGGAAGCAAGUGAAGCUUAUCUGGUCGGAUUAUUCGAAGAUACCAAUCUGUGUGCCAUCCAUGCCAAACGAGUCACCAUUAUGCCGAAAGACAUUCAAUUGGCUCGUCGUAUUCGUGGAGAACGCGCCUAAAUUUGACCUUCAUUCUCAACCAAACGGCCCUUUUCAGGGCCACUAACUUAUGCGAAAAGAGUUUGAGUAAGGUGAAUGAUUUUGGUU